AACCAAUCGUGACAUACCGAGUCAUAUUAUCAGAUGUCAUAUGCAUCAAAUCAGUAGAACUGUCAGUGAAUAUAGUACGCACUUUUAACGUCAUAAAAUAUAUAAUUAAAAUUAAUUGAACUACAAAAAUAAAACUGAUCAAUUGUUAUUAAUUGUCAGCGACUGAUUGUUUAUAUAUUCAUAUUGUGUUUAUUGUUAUUAAAAACAAAAAAAUGUCUUACGGUACACAAAUGCCAAAUCGAGAUUUUUUAUGGGAUGUUUUUCAAAGAGUCGAUAAAGAUCAUUCAGGAGCAAUUACUGCUGAUGAACUUCAACAAGCUCUUUCAAAUGGAACGUGGACAGCUUUUAAUCCUGAAACAGUUCGUUUAAUGAUUGGUAUGUUUCAAUAUGAUAAAUCCACUGAAAAAUCAACUGAUGACAAACCAAAUGAUGCUGAUUCUUCAGGUAUGUUCGAUAAACGACAAAGUGGAACUGUCAAUUUUGAAGAAUUUGGAGCACUUUGGAAAUAUGUGACCGAUUGGCAAAAUUGUUUUCGAUCGUUCGAUAAUGACGGAAGUGGAAAUAUUGAUAGACAAGAACUGAAAACUGCCUUGACGAGCUUUGGCUAUCGAUUAAAUGAUGAUAUUAUAAAUAUGUUAAUACGAAAAUACGAUCGUGCUGGCAGGGGAACAAUAUAUUUUGAUGAUUUUAUUCAAUGUUGCGUGGUUCUUUAUACGCUGACUUCUGCAUUUAGACAAUAUGAUACUGAUCAAGAUGGAGUGAUUACAAUUCAUUAUGAACAAUUUCUGUCAAUGGUGUUUAAUCUUAAAAUAUAAUUCGCCCUAAGAUGCACUUCUUUAAAAUUCUUAUCAAAAUUCAAUUCCACUUGUGUAACUAUUUAGAAUAAUGCAUCAAUCAAAAAAGGAUCAAAAGUGUUAGCGAUAUUGCCAAAAGUUUGCCAAAAUGUUGACUUAAGUAUUUUCUUCAUUUAUCUGAUUUCAAUUCUAUGCUUCCAAAAAAAUAUGCAUAAUAUUAUUUUUAAAACAUUUAAAACUCGUUAAGUAUGAUACACAAGAAAACUAAUAUUUUUAUACAGUUUAGUUAUUAUUGUUAAGUGUUGCGUAGGUGUUUGAGUUUGAACAAAAGGAAUUUACAAUUAUUUCAAAUUUUCCGAUUUUAAAUAAAUGUAAGUAAUUUAAAGUUCAUUUUAAUUAUUAAAAAAAUAAGUAUAUUUUA